ACAUCUAUCCCAAAUUUCUCUUACAUGGGAGCUCGCCUGUGUAAUUACCUGUCCCAUCAUCUGACAAUUAGUCCACAGAGUGGCAACUUCCGCCAAUUGCUACUUCAAAGAUGUCGGACUGAAUAUGAAGUUAAAGAUCAAGCUGCAAAAGGGGAUGAAGUUACUCGAAAACGAUUUCAUGCAUUUGUGCUCUUUCUGGGAGAGCUUUAUCUUAACCUCGAGAUCAAGGGAACAAAUGGACAGGUUACAUGAGCAGACAUUCUUCAGGUUGGUCUUCGAGAGUUGCUGAAUGCCCUCUUUUCUAAUCCUAUGGAUGACAACUUAAUUUGUGCAGUAAAAUUACUGAAGGUAGGUUUUUUAAAAAAUUUAACCAUUUUACCCAUUUAAUUUAUAAUUACAGGAAGAAAAGUAUAUAGUACACAAAUGAAUUCAAGAUUAUUUAAGUUAAAUAUUGACAUUUUACUUUGCUGUCAAAUAUAUUAGAAAAGCAAUAUAUACUUAAUGUUUAUAUAAGAAGCAAAACAUGGAAGUCCUUCACCCCAUCUCUAUCUAUAAAUUGCCUCUUCUUCCUUUCUAUAUAUGUGCUCUUAUAAAAUCUUAUUCUUUUGUGACUUUUUUUCCUUGCCACCUAAUGAAAGAACUUAGUUUUUUUCCUCAUGGCAUACAGGUUUUACUCAUUGAGUAACGUCCUAGUAUUACAUUAUAUGCAUAUAUGUUUAUCCAUUUCACAAAUCUGUAAGUAUUUAUUGAGGAACAUGUACUUUCAGCUUAGCCACCACACUGCUAAUAAUCUUUUCUCAUGUGUUUAUAUG